AUGGAGGGCCAGCUGAGACACAGGGAAACCCAGGAAGCCUUCGUGUUUAACUACCAUAGAGGUGAAUACAAAAGAAACCACCAGCGCUACCAAGCCCUUGGGCAGGUCAUUACAGAGCAUGUUUACAGACUUCUGGAGGGGGAGUGUCACCUGCAGAGGGUCUACAUUCCUCUGGAUGCCAAAGAGAACGAGCCCAAGAGCCUCUUCUUUAUGAGCCCCGGGGCUUUAGACAACCCGAAAGGCCUGGUGGUUCUGAUCCAAGACCAGGGGGUCAUAUGUGCUGGACAGUGGAGCAGAAAGCUGAUAGUUCACAGCGGGCUAAAGCAAGGCAGCCAAAUCCCCUUCAUUAAAAAGGCUUUGGGAGACUCCUGUGGGGUGAUUGUGAUGAACCCCAAUGAUAACUUCCUUGAGGUCAAAGUAAAAGAGGAAUACCGCACUGACCUCCAGAACACAAGUACAAAUUGUCCAAGCCCUAUGGAUCCUGAAGGCAAAGAGUUUUUACGGAUCCCCAAAAGGUGCAGUAGCACUCCGGAAGAGCAUGUGAGGUACAUCUGGGACCAUUUUGUGUCCAAAUGCGAGGCCAGGCGUGUUGUUGUGAUUGCCCAUGGGUAUGGGGGGUUGGUCUUUGUGGACCUCCUGCUUCAACGGCGACAGCAGGUUCAGAGCAAGAUCUUUGCGGCGGCCUUCAUUGACUCUCUUCACAACAUGUGGCACCAGGUGUUGGACAAGAAGACCCAGGAGUGGAUCCAGAGGCACUGCCGCAAUUGGGUGCUCAGCUCCAGGCCCAUUGACCGCCCUGUGACCUUCGUGAAGGUGGACUGUCCUCAGGUGUCUACGGGCACACAGAGUCAUGAGUCUGCCCCCUGGAUCUGCCUACAGUCAGUGUUCAGAUUCUUCACCAGAGCCCUAAAGGCCAAGAACUAG